AUGGCCCAGGGCCAAGGUGUCAUCAUCGCGGCCCAAGGCCCUGCUGGCCCAGCCAGUCCCGGGUUGCUGGGUAAGUUUGUCCGCAAAGAAGACAGCUUUCAAGACGAGAGCACAACUCAUGCCUCAUCCGUAGUGGACCAAAACAAGGUCGAUGCGAAUAUCAUCAACAAGCAGGAAAUCGUCGCCAACGUCGUUAACGAGUGUGGCCGAACGAUUCUUCAAGGCAACAUCGACAUUGGCGAGGAGACCGAGAACCAACUUGGCAACAGGACUGUCACCCAGGUCACAUCAGGAGCCAACGUCGAUGUGACUAUAGCUCAGGUCAGCGCCGACGGCGCUGGUCCCUACAGCUGCGAUCUCGACUUGACGAGCAACUCCAACGGCGCAGCAGGCCAGACCAAGCUGACUGUCCAGGAAUUCGAACCACAAAAUGGCCAGAUCAGGCUCACCGUCACGAUGCCUGCCGACAUGGCUUGCGUGGGGGCCUCCACCGGAGACGUCUGCACCGUCCGCUGCUUCAACGAUAACGCAAAGGGUCCCUUUGGCGGCUGCUUCGCCGUUCAGCAGACCGACAUAACGCCCAAACAGAACACCCCCGACAACAUCCCGACCGCCGCAAAGCUCGAGGGCGUUCUAUCUCAGGUCCAACAAGACAUUGUCGACUUCCCAGCCGCCGUCAAGUCGAACCAGGAGGCCGCGACCCAGGGCGAGCAGGGCCUCACUGCUGUCAAGGAGCUUCUUCCCAACGCCAACAUGCAGGCCGCUGGGUCCGCCGCUGCCGCCAUCAGCGCUGGUACCAACCCUCCCGCCGCCGAGGCCCCGAACACAGGCACCCCUAACACCGCCACUCCCAACACUGGCACUCCUAAUACCCCCCCUCCUAACAACCCCGCUCCUAACACUCCGCCUCCUAACGUCGGCAAAGCGAAAGGAAAGGGGGGUCGCGCAAAGGGCAAGGGCAAGGGCCUCGCGGGCUUGGCUGCCCUGUUUGGCGGCGGCGGUGCUGUCGGAGGCGGUCAACGCCAACGUCAGCAGCAGCAGCAGCAGCAGCAGCAGGGAAACAAUAAGCGGACUCCCGAGGACCUGCUGAGCUCGCGUUUUGCUAGAAGAGACAUCUUUGGCCGCAACGACUAA